CUUUGGAAAAAUGAUUCCCAGAAGUUCAAUAUGGAACUUAAGCAGAAUUAUUCCCAAUUUGAAAUCAAUAAUUUAGAGAUUGCAACAGAAAUCAUUAAAGGUCGAAAAUAUCGUCGAGAUAAAGGAAAAGCUGUGAUGAAUUCUGACGAAAUUGAUGAAAAUCUUCCUGAUUUUGAAAAACUCAGAAAGCUAGAUAUUACGGGUAGAGCUUUUCUCCGGUUAACAGAAGAGAAAUUAACUUGUAAACCUGAUCUUUACGAACUUAAACCAAGUCCAGCAGAAGGAAUAAUGGAAUUAGUUGAAGAACUCAAUAAAAAACAGAAAAAAGAAGAGUAA